AGGGCAGCGCUCGGGCGGCGGUGCUGCUGUGAUUCGGGGGGACUUUGCGUAGCCUGUGAGUCAGUAUUUUGAGUCAUCGUGUCGGUAAGGAGACUGGAGAGAGGCCUUGGCGGUGGUGGGGAUGCGCAAAUGUGUUAGUUAGUUAAGUUAGCUAAGGCUACAAAUAGAAAACUGGUAGCGCUAGCUGGUAGCUAAUGCUCCUGUUGUUGGUGGAGAGCGUGCUGAGAGACUGGAGCCCAGUGCCGCUGUGUUUAGCUAGGCUAGCUAAGCUGCUGUGGAAGGCAGCUUGUUUUUAUUAGCUAGCUUUAGCAGCCUGGCCAUUUUCAGCGGGGCGUAUGCAGGAACGGCGUGUACGCAACUUCGUGUGCGUUGGUCUCGUGAAAGCGUACAUAGCUAACACGUUGGUUGCGCAAGCUUGUGUGAGCGCGGUGGCGUUACCGCGUGAAAUCUCACGUGUCUGUUUCGGGAAUGCGGAGACGGGGAGACUCUACGUAGUUUUCUGCAGGAAUAAUGCGCAGGCUAGCGUUAGCUGGCGUAACGUUAGCUGUGUGUACGGUGUAACUAGCUAGUCGUUUGUAAUAAAGCUGGUUAGGAUACCUUAACUAGCUAGCGUUAUUGUUUCGUUUAUUUUUAGAGGUAACAGUUAAUAUUUAGACACUUUAGUAUUUUUACGUAUAUAGUAAGCUAACUAGAGAGCGUAGCUAACUAGUUAACUAGCUAAGCUAACUAUAAUUCUCGCCGUGCUGUGUGUGACAGGUCAGGGGACGUCAGGUUCGUAUUCUCAAAACCGUUAAGCGCAAAGACGUACGCUCGCAGCGUAGCCCGGCUAACUAUAACGUUAGCCAGCCGCUUUGGUGCGGGUCGGAUAGCAUAGCCCUGUUUUUUUCCAGGCAAAAGAGAGGACACGCAGCGAGGUUAUAGCAGUUUUAACACCUUUUCCUGACGCGUAACAUCGUUUUUGUCGCAGCCAGCUUCCCAUAUUUUGGAAGUAAGUUGAGAGAGAUGAACGGCGAGGCCAGAAACGCCGCCGAGGCUUCAAAAUAAGGAGUCCGAGCUGCGCCGAGUCGCCAUUUUGUGCGCUUGCCCCGGAGGACUGGAGAAACGUCGUUUUCGCCCUUAUUGGGGACACAAAAAGACUAAUUAACCCCCACUUCGCGUCCACUUUCACCUCAAGACUGCGUUUGAGCUUAAAGUCAUCGCCCAUUUUUGAGCGUGCGAGAUAGUGAAGAUCCCGCCGUCCUGCUUCAGAUCUGCUGACGUUUCUCUGUGUCUGGCGAGAGCAGCUCCUCUGCUGAGUGCUGCUGGGGAUGAUGUGCGCUCUCAGAUAGGGAGGGGAGGGACUCUACGCACGAGAGCUUAAACUAGAUCCUGGCGAGGAGUGCAAUGGAAUUGGAGGUGCUCUCUCUGUGGAGCCGGCACCUGGCUCGAAACUGAACGAUUGGUGUCCCGCGGCGUCUACUCCCGCCCCUGCCCCUGCGCCUGCGCUCCACCCUGCAAGCAUGGGGGACGGCCUGGAUGCUGCGCAGAUGUCUGGGAGCAGCAGCAGUCAGGGGCAGCCCUCGUCCCAGCCCCCUGGUUCUCUGAACCCUCCACCCCCGGAGAUCGCCAACCCCUCCCGGCCAAAGCGCCAGACCAACCAGCUGCAGUACCUGCUGAAGGUGGUGUUGAAGACCUUGUGGAAGCACCAGUUCUCAUGGCCUUUCCAGGCUCCUGUAGAUGCCAUCAAGCUCAACUUGCCUGACUAUUACAAGAUUAUUAAGAACCCUAUGGACAUGGGAACAAUCAAGAAACGGCUAGAGAACAGUUACUACCUGAAUGCCCAAGAAUGUAUUCAAGACUUCAACACCAUGUUUACCAACUGCUACAUUUACAAUAAGGCUGGGGAUGACAUAGUCUUAAUGGCUGAGGCACUGGAGAAACUGUUCCUACAGAAGAUUUCAGAAAUGCCUCAGGAGGAGACUGAGAUAACAGUCAUGACUCCCAAGGGUCGCGGCCGGGGCAGAAGAAACGAUGCAGGACUGAACUUGAAACCUGGCCCUGUCUUGGAUUCUCCGUCCACGACUCCUCAAACACGUGGCCUUUCUAGUCUUGGACAAGGGCCACAGACUAGAGCACCAGUCCAGGGGCCCCCUUCUCUGCCCCCACAAUCAGCCGUGCCUGCUGUGCCCCCUCGAGUGCCCCCUACUAUUCCUUCCCACGCGCCACCCCUCGGAGCCCCCUUUUCGCUGCCACCUUCUGACUGCAAUCCUCAAGCCCCCGUCUUGACGCCUCUACCCCAAGUCCAGACUGCGCUGCCACCCAUGCCCAUUCAGCAGAACACGGCUCCAGUUCUUCCCAAUGUAUUGUCUAAAGUAUGUGAAGUUGGACUGGAGAAGUUGCACCAGCAAAGCAGUACAACCACGUUAAAAAAAACACAGAGAAAGAGCCAAAAGAGGAAAGCGGACACCACAACGCCAACGGCCAACGACCAACUAAGUGAAUCUUCUCCAGCAGAGUCCAAGUCAGGGAAGACUCUGCCGCGGCGAGAGAGUGUUCGACCACCUAAACUCCCGAAGAAAGAGGCACCGGACUCCCAGCACCAUGUGAACUACGUAGUCCCUGCCGGUGCCCACAGCCCAAAACAGCAAGAGCAACUGCGCUACUGUUUGGGCAUUGUGAAGGAGAUGUUUGCGAAGAAGCAUGCAGCAUAUGCAUGGCCUUUCUACAAACCAGUGGACGUGGAUGCUUUGGGACUGCAUGACUAUCAUGACAUCAUCAAACAUCCAAUGGACCUUACCAGUAUCAAGGAGAAGCUGGAAAACAGGCAGUACAGAGAUGCGCAAGAGUUUGCUGCAGAUGUGCGGUUAAUGUUUUCCAACUGCUACAAGUACAACCCUCCCGACCAUGAGGUGGUGGCAAUGGCUCGCAAGCUGCAGGAUGUGUUUGAGAUGCGUUUUGCUAAAAUGCCAGAUGAGCCCGAGGAGACCUUCACCCCAGCUCCUGCCCCUGUGCCUCAUCCCACUGUCCCUGUGAAGACCCAGCCACCCAUUCCUGCCCCUUCAUCCUCCGACAGCUCCAGUGACUCCUCCUCAGAGUCUGAAUCCUCCACAGAUGAUUCAGAAGAGGAAAGGGCACAGAGGCUGGCUGAGCUGAAAGAACAGCUUAAGGCGGUCCAUGAGCAGCUGGCAGCCCUUUCUCAGCCCCAGACCAGCAAACCAAAGAAGAAAGAGAAGGAAAAGAAGGAGAAGAAGAAGGAUAAGCACAAAAAGAAAGGAGCCAUGCCUGGACUGGAGGAGAUCCUCGAGCCACCUCCUGCUCUCCAGCCACAGAAGAAAAGCAAGAACAACAAAGACCCUGUGCCCAAGAAGACCAAGAAACCCAACAGUAAAAAGGAGGGGUUGAAGAACAACCGCUCCAUGCCACCGCAGGGCCCUGUGCCCCCCAUCCUGCAGCCUGUUUCGGCCCUGGACUCUGUGGAAGAUCUGGGAGGAGGAGCGGGACCUGCAGGCGUAGCACCAACGGAAAAGAGCAAGCCCAUGUCGUAUGAGGAGAAGAGGCAGUUGAGUCUGGACAUCAAUAAGUUGCCUGGGGAUAAGCUGGGUCGCGUGGUCCAUAUCAUUCAGUCUCGUGAACCAUCGCUCAAAAACUCCAACCCAGAUGAGAUCGAGAUUGACUUUGAGACACUGAAACCUUCCACGCUUCGGGAACUGGAAAGAUACGUCUCGUCUUGCCUCCGCAAGAAGAAAAAGCCUCCAGUUGCAGAGAAGACCAUGGAGGCUAUGACUGCUGCUAAGACAAAAGGCUCAUCCUCAGACUCGGGCAGCAGUAGUGAGUCUAGCUCGUCAGACAGUGAAGACUCCGAGUCAGGAAUGGCUUCCAAACCGAAGAAGAGGGGUCACGCCACAAAGGAGGGAAAGAAAUCCCAGCAUCAGGCAAUGCCUCCAGGCAUGCCCCAACCCCAGGUGCACCUCCAGCCCCAGGCUCCAGCACAUCAGCCCACAGCCCAGAUAAAACAGCAGCCGCAACAUCCGUCUCCAGCUACGUACAUGGCUCCCCCCGUCACAGCGCUGGAGUCCUCCCAGUUGCUGGAAAACACAUUUGACUCUCUACCACACUUUGGGCAACCCCUCAUGCACCUCUCCCACAACAAUGACUCGUCUUCUCCCGCCCCACCCCACCUAAAUGCUCAUCCAGCAGGUGGCCCUGGCUCACCUGAGACGCACCCAUUUCUAAACCAGCACCCCAUCCUCACCUCCCCAGCACUGCACAAUGCUAUGCCUCAGCAGCCUUCAAGACCCAGUAACAGGGCUCUGUCGCUACCUCCCAAACCUCCUCAGCCGACAACGACGCCCCAGCCGCCUUCGCAACAACCGCAGCAGCCGCAGCAGCACCCACCCCAACAGCCACUGCAGCUUCCGUCACAGCAAGCCCCGCAAUCACAGCACCACCUUCCUCCCCAUCUCCUGCACCCACCACAGCCUAUUCGACAGAGACCCCUGUCCCCUCCUACGCUCACCCCUCAGGGCCUGCUGUCCUCGCAGCCACCACAGAUGUUGCUGGAGGAUGACGAGGAGCCCGUGCCCUCUAUGCCUCUAAACCAGGUUCAGCUUUACCUUCAGCAGCUGCAGCAGGGUCGACAGCAGCAGCAGCAGGGCACGGUCAUGCAGGCCCUGCAGGGCCGCCAGCAACAGCAGCCCAGCCAAGCUUCCCUCUUGCAGACGGUGCAGGUUCAGUCGCAGCUGGGUCCACAGACAUCACUUGCUCCACCCCAGCUUCCUGUCCAGACUCAGCCUCAGCCUGCGCCGUCGCAUCAACCCUCACCCCAGAUCCCCCAGCAUCAGCCCAGGCACAUGCAGCACGUCCCCCAAACACAGACCCAGCAGCAGCAGCUCGCUUACUCGCAAGGCCCUGUUCCGACCCAACAGACACAGCAAGUGCAACAUAAAGUGUCCAUGGCUCCCAAUAAAGCACAGCAGCAGAUCAUUCAGCAGCAGCAGCAACAGCAGCAUCCCUCUCCACGUCAACACAAACCCGAUCCAUACAGCGCUGGUCACUUGCGAGAGAACCCCUCUCCUCUUAUGAUGCAUUCCCCUCAAAUCUCACAGUAUACUCCUGUAGUCCACCAGUCGCCACCUCAUAACCUACAGCCCAAAAAAGAACCACCGCAGCGUGGACCUUUGGUCCUUGGGGGUGUAAAGGAGGAAAAGCAGCAACCUCCCUCGCCUGUGAUGCGUAGCGAGUCCUUUAGCCCAGCCAUGCGACCGGAACCACACAAGCAGCCUGAGAGCAAACCACAUUUGCCAUCUCAUGGCCAGCCGAGGCAAGAUAUGAAGCCACUGGAGAGUUCACGCCCCAUCAUCCGCUCCUCAGAGCAGAGCGGCCCACCUCCCUCCAUGCAAGACAAGGACAAAUUCAAACAGGAGCCCAAGACACCUGUAGCUCCUAAAAAGGAUGUGAAACUAAAGAACAUAAGCUCGUGGGCAAGCCUAGCACAGAAGUCCACCUCUACGCCAUCGUCCGCAGUAAAGUCGAGCAGUGACAGCUUCGAGCUGUUCCGCCGGGCAGCACGAGAGAAAGAGGAAAGGGAGAAAGCUCUGAAAGCCCAGGCAGAGCAGGCAGAAAAGGACCGUCAGCGCAGAGAGCAGGAGAAGCAGCGGGGUCGUGAUGAGGAAGACACGAUGGAGCCUGUGCGACGGCCCCACGAGGAGCCGCGGAGGCGUUCGGAGCAGCACCAGGCCCCUCAGCAGCAGCACCAGGCCCCAACACCAGCCCCCAAUCCACAGGCCCAGCCCCCAUCGGCGCCACCGCCUUCGCAGGCCCCCGCCCAGUCCCCAGCUUCCAGCCAGAGCGCACUCGACCAGCAGAGAGAGAUGGCGCGUCGCAGGGAGCAGGAGAGGCGGAGGAGAGAGGCGAUGGCAGCUACCAUUGACAUGAAUUUCCAAAGUGAUUUGAUGGCUAUUUUCGAGGAGAACUUGUUUUAAAAUGCACGAUGAGGCAUAAGAGACUGCAAAACAUGAUGGAUUCCUCUGCAUAGAGAAAAUGGACUGGUAAAGCGCUAAGGGAAUAUAAAGACCCCAACUGACCAUGAGUAACGCUGAAGAGGCAGAGCCGGCACUGGGCAAGCUAUGGCUUCGACAGGGACGCCUGUAGCUCUCCUUCUUGCCUUAGCAGAAAAGAGGGACCCUCAAGCUCGGACAGCAUUGCCUCUCUGCCAUUCCUCCUGGAUUUAAAACCUGUGACGGUAGCAGGACGGAGGGGACGUUCUCAUGGGGCACUCGUGUGAAUCAUUGGGAGCAAACGGAUGGAUGGACUUUCAGUGGAGGAAUAUCUAAUUGAGAACAGUUUAAAUAAUGUACUGAUUACUCGUAGUACGGCGUUCAUCAACUGCCAGAUGUCUUGAGGGGUAUUGCUUUCUAUUCUUUUUUUUUUUUCUUUAUUAUUUUUUUUCUUUCACCUUUUUUUUGUUUUCUUUUUGUUUUUUUUUACUUUAUUGCAAGCAAGCCACAGGAUAGGAUCUUUUGUGACCCAGGUCAAGAUCAGCUGAAGUUGUGUAAUCUCAGGAGAGGAGGUACAGCUUGCCAUAGCCUCUGACCUGUACGCUCAAAACAUCACAGUACAUGAUUAUUCACUGACGGGGGAUAUGAACAAAACAGUGAAACACAAGCAAAAGAAGUGUUAUCACUAGGUUUUUUUUUUCUGUUUUCACUUUUUGUUAUGUAGGAUCUACUGUAAAAAGAUAUUUUCAUAAUGAUUACUGGUUAUAUUUUUUCUUUACUUUUUUUUUUUUUACGCUCUUACAAACACUUACUUAACCCCCUCUGAUGUCUAUGCCAAACAUCCAUUACCUUUUUGUGUUGAAGUCCUAGGCCUGAAAAGCUACAUUUAACGUGUCUUUUUCUUAAUAUAUAAAUAUAUUUUCUUGUUCUCCCCGAAACCGACAUGAAAGUUUAGGUAGCCUUGUAGUAGAUAAACCUAAUAUAUGCAUUAUUCCAACAAUUGUUCAUUGAAGACAGAGUCGAAAUAAGGUAUACACUUUAAAAAAUAAAAAAAACAAACUUCAUCCAUUUCAUUUAAGGUUGCUGCACCUAUCAUACAAGUGGGAAGAAGAGGGGACGGGGUGGGGGGAGUAUCCUUCACUUUUAAGUAUAAUUAUUUGAAAGCAUACAGUAACUAUUUUCUGUGCAUUAUACAUAAUAGAAAGAAGUCACAAGUCGUAUUGUUCGUAACUGGUUCACGCUACUAAAUGCUAGAAAUGACGACAUAAGCACCGGCCGAGCGAGCAGCCGGCUGACUCUGCUCAUCGGGAACGCCGUGGAGACCAUACAGAGCCAGAGCGCACCUCUCACUUUUUUCUUUUUCUUUUUUGUUUUUUCCUUUUAUAAGUAAAUGCAUGGCUCCUGUAUUUUCUUUCGCAGAUCAUUUUCAACCAAUCAGAGGGGACUGUACGCUGUUCUAGGUAAUAACGAUUACAUUAAGAUUUGAAAAGGGGAAAAAAAAUCAAACCGUUCUGAUUUUAUAUCAUUGUUCUUGUUCAAUUAUAGUGGAUGUGAGUUCUAAUUAUGUUAUUUGAGUCGGCAACGGGGAGUGCGGGUGGGCGUGGGCACAGUUCGAGACCUUCCGCAGGGGGUUCUCUGAGUUUUCUCCUAUGGUGUUUUCUCCAGUGCCUGUAUUGUAUUGCGAUUCUAGUUGGCAUAUAUUACGUUCUAGGGAGGGCGAGGGAGGGAGCGAAAGUUGUGGGCGGGAGGUUUAGGGAAGAGCUUGUGUAAAAAGCAAAAAACAAGAAAAAAAAACACACAAAAAAAGACAAAAAAAGGAAAGUCAACAUUUUUAUAUUCUACCCAUUUACAAUAUUCAGGUUUAAUCUAGUUUUAGCUGGACUUCUUAACUUACACCGGACAGUUAAGUUUUUCUUCAUUUUCUUCAACCUGUUUUAAGAGGAUGUCAGAUGUCAGAGCAGCCACAUACUCAUUAUUAUUAUUAUUCGGUGUGUAUGGAUAGUUGAAUGUGUGUGUGUGUGUAUGUGAGUGAGUGAGUGAGUGUGUGUGUAUGUAUGUAUGUAUGUAUGUAUGUAUGCAUCAGUAAGGUCUUUGUAUGGUAUGUGGCACGGUGAAGUGUGUGUAUGUGUGUGUAUGCUCCUUCUGAGAGCUUCCACAGAAACACUUCCCAAGAAUAAGUUGUUUUGCUUACACUUUUUUUUUCUUCUUCCCCUCCCUCAAUGAAGUCCACAUAUAUAAAUAUAUAUAAAAUUUUCUUUUUCAUUAAUUCGGUUUGUAAAAGGUGAACGAAGAUACACUUCAUUCCUUCAAGCCUUUAAAUGUAUUCUUUUGUUUUCCUUGGUAACAGUUGGACAUUUAUGUGCCAUAGAUACGAAUUCUCCAGAGAAUGUGCUGACCUGCAGCUCAGCAGAGAGUUUGCUUUAUUCAGGUAUUUUAUUUUAUUCUCUUUUUUUCUUUUUUUUUUUCUUUUUGGUUUUUGUUUUAAUUUUUUUUUUCUUUUUUGGUUUGUGUUAAACAUUGUACUCGAUUAAUGUUUGGUAUGUGCGUGAGCUAUCGAGGUCAAUGAUUCAAUCUGUUAUGAUCAUGAUAUAAACUCAUCUCUUUUAUAGAAAAUUAAAAGGAAACAAAAAAUGUG